AUGUCCACAGGAUUACUCGACUCAUGGGCAGAUGCCGGUGAUGAAUUUUCAGCUCCACCAGAAGUUAUCGCCAACCCAGAUGGAACUAAAACUGUGAUCACUUUCAGAACCAACCAAGAUGGUAAAAAAGUCAAGAUAACCCAAAAAAUAAAAGAAGUAAAGGUACAAGAAAAAGUACAUCCUUUAAUUGCCCAACGUAAAAAUUGGAAAAAGUAUGGUAAAGAAAAGAACUCGCCUCCAGGACCAGACACCAGUACCACACAGUUGGGGGAAAAGGUGGAUUUGAAGUUAGGUACAUCAUGGAAACAAGAUGAAAAGAAAGAAGAGGAAGACAAAGCACACGAAAGAGCUCAAAAAAUUGCCGUCCAAACCAUUAAAUGUAGAGUGUGUGGCGGUGACCAUUACACAGCCAAAUGUCCAUUCAAAGACACUUUGGGAGCUGCUGCUGGUAUUACUCCAAGUGGCACUUCCCCAGAACCUACCAAAGAAGGUGGUGCUGGUGCUGCUGGUGCGGGUAAAUAUGUUCCUAGACAUUUGAGAGCUGAUGCUAACGGAAAUAUCCCAACCAGAGAAGCAAGAGACGAUUCUACCACAUUGAAGGUAAGUCAAUUGAACUCGUUUGUUGACGAAGAUAUGUUGAGAAACGAAUUGUUUGCCAAAUUUGGUCCAUUACAAAGAGUCACAAUUGUGAGAAACAGAGAAACUGGCGAAUCCAGAGGAUUUGCUUAUGUUUCAUUUGCAACAGAAGAAAUUGCUCAAAAGGCAUUGGAUACAUUCAAUGGUAAAGGUUACCAUUCUUUGAUUUUGCAUUUGGAAUGGUCAAAGAAAAAGAGAACCUAG